CAUACAGGUACUUACCGGAACCCUCCACUGGCACCACGUCCGAGUCGCGAAUUCGGCCCAGUUUGUUUUACGUGCUCUGAGGACAUUCAAGUCCCUUUACAUCUGUCCAGCACGCGCAAGACGGCAGCAGCAAAUUUUCACUGAGGCAGGAACAUUGCUGGCAGUUAUACACACAGAGUACCUCUAAUACCUGUGCACAUACCCGUCGGGAUGAUUCGUUUUACUCGCGGUGCCAUCAACGCUAGACUGUAUGGCAAGAGAACACCGCAUGCUCGUCUUCUCCCAUCUUUGACACAGUCACCCAGCUUGAAAUUCGAGCGUCAAGCGCGUAUCGCCAGUCCUGUCAGUCGGAAUUUCUCUCUAUGGCCUUCAUUUUCAUCGAAGAAUCCAACACCGCCACCACCUGAACCUCCUGCUGCCGACGUAGCCGAUGCUAACAUCCCUACGGAAGAGGUCCUCCCCUCAACGCCUUCGGAAAUAUUUGCUUUCCCAGAGACAAUUCCUUCCGACAUUGUCGAAACUACCACUGCAGUUAUCGCUCCUCUCCAGCCCGGUGAUUUGGCAUCCAUGGGCCUUGCAGCGUAUACCCCCGUCGGCGCGUACCAGUCCUUCCUGGAAUAUCUAAACUACACCACCGGCCUUCCAUGGCUCUGGACAAUCGUCGCAGGAGCAGCUAUAAUGCGAACGCUUGUUAUACCCUUCACCAUUGGCUCGAUGAAGCAGACUGCACUGAUGCCCCUCGUGAACAAGGAAGUCAUGCCUCUCCGCGACGAGAUGCAGCUUGCCGCUGCCAGUGGAGACCGUCAACGCCAGAUGCAAGUCUACCAGGCGAUGCGAGAUGUGCAAAAAAAGCAUGGUAUCAGCUUGGGGAAAACCUUCUCUGGUAUUUUCUCCCAGAUGCUCGUUUCGAUUAGCGCGUUCCUGGGGGUGAAUGGGAUGUGCAAGUUGCCUGUACCUCAACUGACGCAGAGUGGAGUGUCAUGGGUCACGGAUCUGACAGCGCUACCUCCAACUGAACUGUCUGUCGCGUUUGCUUCCACAGUUCUCCUUCAAACCCUGCUCGCCUCCCGAGAGCAAGAUCCUAACGACCCUAGAGCUAUAACGAUGAAAAUAUUCACCGCAAUCGCGCCAGUUCUUUCAUACUGGGGCAUAACCCAUUUCGAGAUUUCAGCGGGCACUGUUGUCUCCAUGUUCGCUUUUUCUUUCGUCCAUAUCACCCAGACAGUUAUUUUACAAAUAGCGCCUAUCCGUGCACUAGUUGGUCUCCCUCCUCUACCAAGCCGGACGAAACCCAAAAUUCUGGAGGAAAUUCCCGUCGCUCCCCGAAAAGUACAGACACCUUUGAAAAGCAGGCAUUAAUUAGAACCUCUAAUAAUGAUUGGACGUCCAUGAACCCCCCUCAUUCCGCUAUCAUUGAUUGCGUGUAUGUUGUGAACCUCACUUGGACAAUGGAAUGCCUUAGCUUCAUUUUAAGAGAACAAGAACAGAGGAUGCGUUAGCACGCGGCCCAAUUGAAACCGG